AUGCCCAAGGCAAAAGAGUCCAGCGUCUCUCGCCGGGCGUGGAACCUCCUGCACCUCGCGUUGCUCUGGGCGAGGCGAGGCGGGGCGUUCAAGCACCUGCAGCUCCGCCUUCUCGCGCCCAAGUUCCUCAAGACCAUUGGCCAUACGGCAACCCCUCGCAGCAGCCACACCUGGCACCGUGAACGGGAGCUCUCAUUCGAGAAGACGCCAGUUGUCCACGUGAAGAUGCACCGCCCUGGGUCGAUGCGGUUCAUGCUCCCGUGCAUCAACCCUACAGUCGACUUCGAUAUGGAGUUCGACGACGAGGACGGCAAUAGGGUUUGUCAUGGAUAUGACAGCACUAGAAAGAGCUUCUCCCUCGAAAACGGAGAUGAGGAAGAGUGCUCUUACGACGACAGAGACUACGGGAGGAUCGAACGCGAGGAGGAAGAGCGGGAGAUCGACUCCAGAGCAGAAGAGUUUAUAGCCAAAUUCUACGAGCAAAUCAGGUUGCAGAGGCAGAUGUCGUACCUCCAGCACAAUGAGAUGCUGAACCGGAGCGCGAGUUAA